GAGUGCAAUCAAAUAUUCCAAUACUGGCAUCCAUUCCCAAAACUUCUUCCCUUUUCCUCCCCGACGUCCAUUACAACCACAGCUCCCGUUACCAGUUGCCAGUUACCAGUUACCCAUAAGCUAUUCACUUCCAAAUAUUGUAAUUCUUGCAUUUCCUCCCACACCAGUCACAGCCAAUCAACCAAUCACACCUCCCCCCAUCUCGGCCAUAGCCCUUCUUCUACCGCUUCCUCUCUCUGUCCCUGGCGCUCGCCCUCAGUCUCUACGUGCAGUAGAAGAGACGAGGAAAAGGGCACCCCAGUUCAUAUUCACAGUUGCUGAUCGUGUCACUGGAAACUCCAAUAUAUUAUCAAAGUUGCCUACCUAGCCACUGACUCUCUGUACUUUGGGGAAGUGCACAUUCUUCUUCGCUUCUCUUCAGCUGCAGACAUAUUCGCGUGGGCAGGCCGAGUCAAGUCAUGGUCAAAAUCUGAGAAAGGAAAGAGGAAAAAAGAAGUCGUUAUAUUUGUUUUUCUGCUACUCGUACACUUCUUCUCUAUCCAUUCCAUUUUCAAUCGCUUUUGCAUGUGGAUGGAUUUGUUGGGCUGGGAAUAAGUGAACCUAGCAAGGUACUUAAAUAGUACUUUCUUUUGAUUUAUUUGCUGGGGAGUCCGGGGGGCUACACACAUCCAUACAACAGUCCAUCCUUGAGUACGGUCCAUGUUUUUUUUUACACAGUACCGUUGCACCACAUUAUUCUGAACAUCCCUUUCAAUUUCGCGGCCAACAAGAAAACCUUUUCUAUCCAUCCAAGUCGUCGAUGCUUUCCAUUGUCGCAACCACAAGGACCAAGAUACCAAGAAUUCACUAAUAAGCAUAUUCAACUUCUUCACAUUGCUCCUCGUCUUUCCGUCGCGUCAGCAUACUUUGUCUGCCAUCCAUAAGGUUACCGGUAUUUUAUCCAUUUGGUUUCUCGACUCAAGUUCAGCCCAGUGCCACGCAAAUUCAUCCCUCGGCCGAUCGAUGAUUUGUUAGUAAAUAGGAUUCUUUUUGUACAGAGGAGAGUCCGUUAUGUUGGGAAAUUGGUCUCAAGGUGGUCCUCAAGGACCACCACAAGGACCACCACAUAACUACAACAAUAGUUACUCUGGUCCACCUCAGAACUACAACAAUUCUUACAAUGCUCCUGUACCUAAUAAGACACCUCGUCUUCCAAUAUGCUUCACGUGCGGUCAAGAAGGACAUUACGUCAAGGAUUGUCCGAAUCAAAAUCAAAGUGGUCAAGCUGCUAUGGUUGCUCCCCAGACAACAAAUGUCAAUGGAUAUGGUGCACCACCCCAAACAAAACAGUGGGCAAGCGUUCAAAGUGGCCAGAUGGGUUCCAAAUAUGCUCCCUAUGCUGUCCCUGGAAGUGCUCCAAUGUCGCAAUUCACGGACCCUGGCCACAAUUCUCAGUUCAAUGGGCCAAUGCCAUCUGCUCCGAGUCCGCUUUAUCAACAACAUUCCACACCAAAUCCACAGCAACAGGGCCCCCCACAGCAGGCGUAUCCUAACCAACCUGUUGCCAAUGGAACUAACUACAACCAUCCAUCUCAACAGCAACAUGGAUCUCAAGGCUAUCAAGCUCCGUAUAAUCAACAUCCCCAAUCUAAUUCACCACAACCGUAUGGGCCAUCAACUCACAAUCAAAAUGGAUCACAGUAUCCUCCCCCAUCCGUCCCAGCUACUCCCUUUCAGUCCCAAAAUAAUGGUUACAAUCAAGGUUACAACAGCAGAAGUUCAUCAGUACCUCAUCAAAGCAAUGGCACGCCAAAUCAUGGGCAAUGGGUUGGUUCACCGCCAGCGGCGUCUUCUCCCAAUGGGCUACAACAACAGCAAGGUCAAAUGCAAUCAAACCCUGGCUAUAAUCGUGAGUUCAGAAGGUCCCAAUCACAACAAUCUCAGCAAAGUGAGGGUCGAAUGUGGGCUCAGCAAGGGGAAAGUCGAAUGGGAUCUCAGCAGCCUCAGCAAGGUACAAGUCGGGGGGCAUCACAGAAUCCACCGAUGACAUCCCCGGAGUUGAAUAAACGCGGGCUGUACAUUCCUCGAUCCAAAAACACUACACUCACUGCCCCUUCAAACGCUUCUCCCCAACCCGCCGAGGUACCAAUACCUUCAAGAGCCUCAAGUGUGGCGAGUACACCAUAUGGCUCGCCCAGCUCAAGAGACAACAUAUCUGAAUGGGAUGGUCAACCGGCCGUUUUAAAGGAAGAAAGUCACCGGACCGAUGAGGAAAAGCAGUUUAAUUGGGAUUACAAAAAGAUCUUCCAAGUUGCAGGCCAAAGACAUGAAACUGUUGCACUUGCCCAGCCUUUAGCUAACAGAUUUGAUAUGACCCCAGUCCCUCUCAUCGACAAGAAAUCAACCAUCUCAAUUUCAAGGUAUGCAAGAAGAGAAAAUUUGAAGGAGUAUAGACAGAGUGUCAGAAAGACACCUCAAUGGCCGUACUUGCAAGAAGAUCCAACUUUCCAGGAGUUGAAGGCUGGAGAAGAUUCAGUAUCUUUCCAAGACCUUGAUGAUUUUAUGCAAACGAGGCAUGGCGAUGCACAUGUAUCUAUUACAGCUCGAAAAGCCACCGCUGCAAAUAUACCGCGCACAGCUAAGCGUAAGCCAAGCCCAACGGAGCAAGAUGACAUCGAUGAACAAUUACAAGCUGAUGUUUCAACUCUUAAAAACAAUAAACGUCAAAAGGUUGAUGACCAGUCAUUCAAAUCUGCGGAUGGCUUGCCCAGAUUUUGUGGUGAUGAUGCAUUGAAAAACUCUCCACCUCUGGCUGAAGCGCCAGACGAUAUCUGGGCUCCUCAGGCAGGAGAGAGUGCCGACCCAACUGAAGCGUUACUGGCAUCUCUGGGUGUUUCUGGUGCUCCGAAACCGGUUGAGCCUGGACCUCCAGUCAUGAUCCCUAUGGAGGACCUUCAGCAGCCUAUCUACAGUCCCCAGCAACCUCUUUACGAAAGUCACCAGACCCCUUACGGUUCUCAAAAUACCCAACACAACCAACAACCCACGUUCAAUGCUCAGCAGCAGCCUCCGUAUACUCAGCAACCUCCGUUCAAUGCUCAGCAACCCCCAUAUAAUUCUCAACAGCAGCCUCCAUACAACCACCAACCACCGUUCAAUGCCGAGCAACGUCCUUUCAAUGGUCAGCAGCAGCCUUCAUAUAAUCGUCAACCUUCUUUCAAUGCUCAACAACCCCCUUACAACCCACAACAAACUCCUUAUAAUGCCCAGCACCCUCCAUACAACCACCAACCACCGUUCAAUACUGAGCAACGUCCUUUCAAUGCUCAACAACCUCCAUUUGUUGCCCAGCAGCACUCUUUUAAUCCUCAACAGCCUCCUUACAAUGCCCAACAGCCUUAUAAUGCCCAGCGACAUCCUUUCAAUCCUAACAUGGCAGGUCAACCUUUUAGACAAGACCCAAGCUAUGCUAAUGCUCGCCCUUCACUUUCCGGACCACAAGGCUUCAUUCACCAAAACAUACCUCCGCCACCACCACCACCAGUUGAAGAGGAGCCUAUGUUCGACCCGUGGCCAGAACACAAUGUUACGACAACACCGCCUCCCCCUGAUCACACGGACAAUGAUAAGGAAAAUGGGAAGAAAGAUAGUGAGGGAAAUGCUGUACCAGAUUCUCCUUUGAGUCCCACUUCAUUGGAAAUCCUUGCGGAGAUAAAGAAGGAACCUGCGAAACCACGAAAAAUCGUACGAAUAAUUAGUGGCAAGAAAGGCAAAGAAUCGUCGCGUUCAUCUGAGGAAGCCACUCCGAAGCUCAAAAGAGCUCCACCAGUGGUCGAUGCAGCUUAUGGUCGCCGUUGGUAGCUCAACUCUUAACAUUACCCCUCGAUAAUUGGUGGCUGCUCUUGGUCAGGUAAACAGCAUAUAGUUUGCAAAAGAGCCUUUUUGGAUUUAACAAACCUUCAAGUAGUUGGUUGUUCAUCAGGGCUCUGUUUAUAUUCUUUGUACAAAUAAAAAUUUCAUACACGGGGCGGCGUUAAUUGGGUUUUUUUGAGAUGGAGUUCAGGAAUGCCUUUUCAGUUGAUGGUUUUCUGUACAAUCCUCAUUGCGCAUACAUCAAUGCAUUUUAUGGCAUUGCAAGAGCCGAUGGAGUGAAUGAACCUAGAGAAUAUAUUCUAUUUGGAGACUCUUCAGUGGGAAUCCGUUCGUUCUGCUUAAGGCCACUUGUUGUUCGGAGCGAGCACCAAGUUCAAAAGUCUUGUAUGAGAGCGGGAUAAUUCAGUAGUAUUUAAUGCCAAGCUACUUGCUUUGGCUAAUAGUAAUGCUAGUGGGCUUGUUUUUGUCCCUGGCUCUUUAUCA